UGUUGGGUUGCUUUCUUCUUAAUUGUUAAGGUUUUUGAUCAUUCAUUUCGAAAGCAAACCGAAGAAGAAAACACAGAAAAGAGAGAGAGAGAGAAGAAUCAAAAAUGUCGUUCACAGGAACUUUAGACAAAUGCAAAGCUUGUGACAAGACUGUCUAUUUUGUUGAUUUAUUGAAUGUAGAUGGAAUGACAUAUCAUAAAUCAUGUUUCAAAUGUACCCAUUGCAAAGGAACGCUUGUGAUGAGCAACUACUCCUCCAUGGACGGAGUCCUCUAUUGCAGGACUCAUUUUGAACAACUUUUCAAGGAAUCGGGAAAUUUUAGCAAGAAUUUUCAAACGUCAAAAGCGGAAAAAGAUUCACAGCCAAAGGCACCACCAAGUAAAGUUUCAUCUAUGUUCUCUGGAACUAUAGACAAAUGUAGAGCUUGUAACAAAACCGUUUAUCCUCUGGAAAAGGUGACCAUGGAAGGAGAACCAUACCACAAGUUAUGCUUCAAAUGUGCUCAUGGAGGUUGUCCUCUUACACAUGCAUCAUAUGCUGCCCUUGAUGGUGUCUUAUAUUGUAAGCACCAUUUUGCUCAACUUUUCAUGGAAAAGGGAAACUACUCUCAUGUCCUUCAAGCCGCAAACCAAAAACAUACUGCUUCCUCAUCCGAAGAGCAACCACCAGUAGAAGAAGGUGAACACACCGAUGAUACCCAAUCUGAACCACCACCGGAGGCUGAAGAAGAAAAAGAAGAAGAAAAAGAAAAAGAAAAAGAAAAGGAAGAAGAAGAAUCCUAAACAAUACAUCAAUCAUACAACCAUACACAACCACGUUUUUGGCUAAUUUUUGUCAUAUUGAUUGUAUAUUUAAGAAAAAUGUUUCACAUUAAUUCCUAUAGAGGAAAUACCAAAAACCCAGAAAUUAUUUCUUAUUUUGUGAUUUAUUUGAUUGUCAAAUCUAUAUUGAGUGUCAAUGUAUGUAUGUUUAUACAAACGAAUGUGUAAAUGUUUUGGAGUUCAUGAAUUUAUGACUUAUUUUUAAGAA